UAUACUCACCUAGUGCUCAUUUUGUAAUCUGUUUUGGACCUAUCUACUGGUUUGGACCCCUCAAUCUUGCGAUCCGGAAAAAGUACCCCCCUUUCUGAGGAAGUUUUACCCUAGGAAGCAGACACACACGCACUCACCUGGAGAGAGAGAGAGAGCUAAAGGAGAUGGAGCCCGCCAUGAAAUUGUAUACGGGUUCUGACCAUUGAAGAAAGAAGAAGGAAGAAGGAGAGAGAGAGAGAGAGAGAGAGAGAGAGGUUGAAUUGAUUCCAGCCAACCCUUCCGAAUUGAUUCGCAAAAUUUAGGAUUUUUAUCGGCGGGAGAGAGAGAACUUAUGUCAGCUUUCAGCUGUGAAGUUAAAGUUGGGUAUGUAGGAAGAUUUACAGAAUUUGGGUAUUUGGGUGGAUCAAAAGAGUGAAAUUUACUGAAAAAGGGAAGUUUAAGAGAGAAAAUUUGGGCUUGCUACAGUGAGAGGAGUUUUACGAAUUUUCCAUGGCUGUGGUGAGUCGUCUACCGUUGAUACCACAAGAGAUACCCUGGAAUCGGAAUCUCCGAAAUGAUGGCUAGUGGGAGUGAAAUCAUGGAGGAAUCACCACCACGACCGGUUCAAGUUGUCGAAGAGAAGAUGUAUAUCGCGGUGGGAAAGGACAUCAAAGAGAACACAUCGGUUCUUAUUUGGGCAUUGCGUAACGCUGGUGGAAGAAAGAUAUGCAUCCUUCAUGUUCAUGAGCCUGCUCAGUGGAUUCGCAUUAUGGGUACCAAAUUUCCAGUAAGCCAACUGGAAGCGCAUCACGUCAGGGCACACCGCGAGGUUGAGAGGCAAGAGAUGAAUAAGCUUCUGCAAAUUUACAAAAUAAAGUGUAGUCGCGCAGGGGUAGUAGACUUACUACACAUUGAAAUGAACUCUAUUGAGAAGGGUAUUGUGAAACUCAUAAAUCAGCAUGGUAUCAGGAAGCUCGUUAUGGGAGCAGCAGCAGACAAGCAUUACUCAAAGAAAAUGCCAAAAUCUAAGAAAGCCAUCUAUGUGCGCGAACAAGCACCUAUGUUUUGUCACAUUUGGUUUGUCUGUAAAGGCCAACUAGUUCACACAAGAGAAGGUAGAUCGGAAGGCGUUAGCGCUAGUCCAAACUCUGAAACUGGGCAAUCUAGAUACGGGAGAUCACAAUCCGUUGCAGAACUGCCAAUUGAUCAGCUCAAGCUUACCAGUUCAGGUCCCGAUAUUCGCAGUCUCUCAACUUUAUCCCCCAAUGACUCCAGAGGGUCUGUUGAUUCGAAUGAAAUUUCAAGGAGUCCUCGUGAAGCUUCACAUACAUCAUGUUCUUCUGUUGACAUGCCUGAUGUUUUACCUUUGAUCCCAGUUUUGACCAUAGAGGAUCAUCAUCAAUUUUCAUCACCUCCCAUUGUAUUGCAGGAAGGACGUACCAAUGACGAACUUUAUGGUCAGCUUGAACAAUCCAUAGCAGAGGCAGAGACUUCUGGGCUUGACGAGUCAAAGAGGCAUCGUAAAGCGGAAAAAGAUGCCAUUGAUGCUAUCCGCAGAGCUAAAGCAUCGGAAAACUUAUAUGCCGAGGAACUAAGACAAAGGAAAGAAGUUGAGGAAGCACUAGCAAGGGGAAAAGAAGAACUUAAACAGAGGAAGCAGCAGCUAGGUGAAGUCACGGAAGAACUCCGUAUUGCCCUAGAACACAAAUCAUCUCUGGAGAGCCAGAUUGCAAACUCUGAGCGAAUGGUAGAAGAUUUGAAACAGAAGAUGUUCUCUGCUGUGGAAAAGUUGCAAAAGAAUAAGAAGGAACGAGAUGAAUUGCAAAAGGAGCAUGACAAUGCACUUAAAGAAGCAGAGGAGCUGAGGAGAGAAAAAGUAAGCGUGGCUGCCAAUAGACUUGCACCUGAGUUUUUCUCUGAGUUCUCUUUCUCCGAAAUCGUGGAAGCAACUUCCAAUUUUGACCUAUCCUUAAAGAUUGGGGAAGGGGGCUAUGGAAAUAUUUACAAGGGUCAACUUCGUCACACUCAAGUUGCUAUAAAGAUGCUGAACUCUAAUAGCAUGCAGGGCCCCUCAGAGUUUCAACAAGAGGUCACUGUUUUGAGCAAGUUGAGGCAUCCGAACCUUGUCACACUCAUCGGAGCCUGCCCCGAAUUUUUUGUUCUCGUCUACGAGUAUCUUCCCAAUGGAAGCCUUGAAGAUCGACUCUGUUGCAAAGACAACUCUCCUCCACUCUCAUGGCAAACUCGCAUCCGCAUUGCAACAGAGCUUUGUUCUGCUCUCGUCUUCCUCCAUUCCUGCAAUCCCCACAGCAUAGUUCAUGGUGACCUAAAACCAGCAAAUAUUCUCCUAGAUUCCAACUACGUGAGCAAACUCAGUGACUUCGGAAUAUGUCGUAUACUUUGCCAAAACCAAUUCUCGAGCAACAACACCACACCAUCUUGGAUAACUGAAUUUCCAAAGGGCACUUUUACGUACAUGGAUCCUGAGUUCCUCUCGACAGGAGAAAUUACCCCAAAAUCAGAUGUUUACUCGUUCGGGAUCAUAUUAUUGCAGUUAUUGACUGGAAGACCAGCUUUGGGGAUAGCCAAGGAAGUUAAGUAUGCGUUGGAUAAAGGGAACUUAAAGAACUUGUUGGAUCCAACAGCUGGGAACUGGCCUUUUGUGCAAGCCCAGCAGUUGGCUCACACAGCACUGAGGUGCUGUGAGGUGAACCGUCGGAGCCGGCCAGAUCUUGCCUUGGAUGUGUGGGGAUUGCUCGAACAAAUGAGAGUGUCGUGUGGGACCCUACCGUUUCUGAUCUACUCCGAGGAGGAUUGCCAGAUUCCACUGUAAUUUAUAUGUCCUAUUAAUUGUACAGGAAAUCAUGCAAAAUUCACAUGCACGUAGCAGCUGAUGGAUAUACAUAUGAAUUGGAGGCUUUAAAAGGAUGGCUGGACGGGGGCCACGAUACUUCACCCAUGACAAAUCUCGAGCUUCCACACCGCAAUCUUGUGCCCAAUCGCGCUCUCCGGUCUGCAAUUCAGGAGUGGCCGCAACAACGGUGACAAGUUGCUUAUAGUCUUGCUUUGACAUCCUCCGUUACAUUAUCAUGUACGUAUGCACAGUACACCUCAAAAUGGAACUUGCCAAUAAGCUGCUGAGGAAGUAGAUUAGGAAGAAAAACAUUUUUACUUACCAUUAUGUGGCGGACGGGUGAAAUUGUCCCUUUAUAAAUAAUUUAUUCACAAGGGAGUCGUGAAUAUGUAUCUCUUGUAAAAUAGGAUAGUUUGGUUUAAUUUAUGUUUCAAAAACAAAA